UCGGUAAAGUUUAAUCAUCAAAAUGAUUAUAUUGAAAGUGAUUCUAUUGAUCAUUUUAUUUUUGGGUUACUCUCAAGCAGUACCCGUUGAGACAAUGACAAAUGAUCCUGAGUUAAUGGAUGGAUUUUUCGAAGGUGAUAUGGAUAUAGAUUUUACACGUAACGCUUUAAUAGCCCCUACCAGAAAAUGGCCAAAUGCUAUAGUGCCUUAUAAAAUUGAUCAGGUGUUUGAUGAGGAUCAUAUGUUAUAUCUUAUGAGAGGCAUGAAAAUAAUCCAGGCAAACAGUUGUAUACAGUUUCGUCGAGCCACCAAUACCGACACAUCCUAUAUCCAAAUUAAAGGCAAUCCUACUGGCUGUAAUGCUUUCGUCGGUUAUUCAGGUGGUAAACAGAUUGUUAAUUUACAGUCCCAUAAUUUGGAUACGGGUUGCUUUAGAAUAGGCACUAUUAUGCAUGAAUUAUUACAUGCUUUGGGCUUUCAUCAUCAGCAUAGCUCCCAUAAUCGCGAUGAUUAUAUCAAGGUUGUAUGGGAAAAUAUUCAAAAGGGGAAGAAAACAGCUUUUAAAAAAAUAAAUGCCAAUACUAUUACGGAUUUUGGUGUUGGUUAUGACUAUGAUAGUGUUAUGCACUAUCCACCGCAAGCGUUUUCGAAAAAUGGUAGAAGAACUUUGUUAUCUUUGAAGAGUGAAAAUAUGAAUUUUGGUCAACGACGAGAAUUAAGUGAGAAAGAUAUUAAGAAAUUAAAUUUAAUGUAUAAAUGU